ACUCCUCAGUAGCUGAUAUUGAGCAGGGAAGGGAAGAUCAUGAAGAUAUGGGACUUACAGAGAUGACAGAGACACAGGAGGAGACUGCUAUGGGUAAAGUAGACGGAACAAAUAUUGCUGAAGUGUCAGAAGAAACAGAGACAAGGAUUGAAGAUAGGGGUCAGGGGAAAGAUGAUGUGAUGACUGAUGUGGCGGAGGAUGUGGUAACACAUGGAGACUCCUCACUAGCUGAUAUUGAAGAGGGGAAGAAAAAUCAUGAAGAUAUUACAGAGACACAGGAGGAAAGUGUUACGGCUGCCUCAGGUGAUGAAGAUCCUGAGGAUGUUGAUGAAGAAACUAAGAGUGCUGGAGGAAAGAGGAAGCGGGGGAGAAAUACAAAGACAGUAAAAGGGACGGGAAAGAAGAAAGAAGAAGAUGUUUGUUUCAUGUGCUUUGAUGGGGGUGAUCUUGUCCUUUGUGACCGCAGGGGAUGCCCAAAAGCUUACCACCCAUCCUGUGUAGAUCGAGAUGAGGCUUUCUUCCAGUCAAAGGGUAAAUGGAACUGUGGAUGGCACCUGUGUAGCAAAUGUGAAAAAGCUGCAACCUACUUGUGUUGUACAUGCAUGUUUUCAUUAUGCAAGGGCUGCGCCAAGGAUGCUGUCUUCUUUUGCAUCAGAGGUAAUAAGGGUUUGUGUGAGACAUGCAUGGAGACAGUCAAGUUGAUAGAAAGAAAAGAGCAAGAAAAGGAGCCGGCGCAGUUGGAUUUUGAUGACAAGACCAGCUGGGAAUAUCUCUUUAAGGAUUACUGGAUUGAUUUGAAAACCCAGCUAUCUUUAAGUCCAGAGGAGCUUGAUCAGGCUAAGAGCCCACGAAAGGGACAGGAGUCCAAUGCUAGCAAACAGGGAACAGCCAGCGAGACUGACUAUGUUACAGAUGGAGGAUCAGAUUCAGAUAGUUCUCCAAAAAAGAGGAAGACCAGGAGUCGAUCAAAGUCUGGUUCACCAGCCAAUAAGAAUUUUUCUGGUGAAACUACGGAGUGGGCUUCCAAGGAACUUUUGGAUGUGGUCGUGCAUAUGAGACGUGGUGACAGAUCUUUCGUACCUGAGUCAGACGUACAGAAUCUCCUGCUGGCCUAUAUAAAAAGAUACAAUCUUCGUGAUCCCCGUCGUAAGAGCCAGGUUAUCUGUGACUCCAGGCUUCAAAAUUUGUUCGGAAAAUCACAUGUUGGGCACUUUGAGAUGUUAAAUCUCCUUGAUUCUCAUUUGCUUAAAAAAGAGCAAAAUCAGUCGGAUGAUAUUCAAAGUGACAUUGCUGAUACAGAAGAGCCCAAUCAUGUGGAUGUUGAUGAAAACUCUGACCAUCCAAUGAAAAGUGGGAAGGAUAAGAAACGUAAAACACGCAAAAAAAGUGUCAGGAAAGGACGUCAAUCUAAUCUUGAUGAUUUUGCUGCUGUUGAUUUGCACAACAUUAAUUUGAUAUACUUAAGGCGGAGCUUGGUGGAAGAUCUACUUGAAGAUUCUGCAGCCUUUGAAGAAAAAGUUGCUAGUGCAUUUGUUAGGUUAAGGAUAUCUGGAAAUCAAAAGCAAGAUAUAUAUCGACUGGUUCAAGUUGUUGGCACAAGCAAAUCUCCUGAACCCUAUAAAGUUGGGAAAAAAACAACAGACUUUGUUCUUGAGAUACUGAACUUGGACAAAACUGAAGUGGUAUCCAUUGACAUUAUAUCAAAUCAAGAUUUUACUGAGGAUGAAUGUAAGCGUCUAAAGCAGAGCAUAAAGUGUGGAUUAAUCAACAGGCUGACAGUGGGUGGUAUACAAGAGAAGGCCAUUGCACUGCAGGAAGUGAGAGUCAAAAACUUGCUGGAAGCAGAGAUCCUACGUUUCAGCCAUUUGCGUGAUCGUGCUAGUGACAUGGGCCGCAGAAAAGAGCUACGAGAGUGCGUGGAGAAACUGCAACUGUUAAAAUCUCCAGAGGAACGGCAGCGGAGGCUAGAAGAAAUUCCAGAAAUACAUGCUGAUCCCAAAAUGGAUCCAGAUUGUGAAUCAGAAGAUGAAGAUGAAAAAGAAGAAAUGGAAAAAGAGAAACAACUGAGGCCGCGAAGCAGUAGCUUUAACAGAAGAGGAAGGGAUCCAAUAUCUCCACGAAAGGGAGGAUUUAGUUCCAAUGAAUCAUGGACUGGCACAAGUAAAUACUCAAAAACAAGUGCAAAUCGUGAAUUAAGCAGAAGUUAUUCGGGUAGGGGUUCUAAUGGUAGAGGGGAUUAUCUUGGUACUUCUGACGACAUGGUUAGUGAAAAUAUGUGGCCAUCAGCUAGAGAAAGAGAAGUGCAACCAUCUUUAGGCUCUGAGAAGCCAAGACCUGUUACAAUUCCUGAAACUACUCCUAGAAGUUCUCGUGCUGUUGCGCCACCGGAAUUAUCUCCUAGGAUAGCGCCUGAAAUUCCAACGGCACCCCCUGCUGUUGUUCAGCAGCCUGUUCCCAAGUCAAAUGAGUCAGAGAAAAUAUGGCAUUACAAGGACCCUUCUGGUAAAGUUCAAGGACCUUUUUCGAUGGCGCAGCUCCGUAAAUGGAACAACACUGGGUACUUCCCUGCUAAGUUGGAAAUCUGGAAAGCGAAAGAGUCACCGUUGGACUCUAUUUUCCUGACUGAUGCAUUAGCUGGACUAUUUCAGAAGCAAACCCAGGUGGUGAAUAGUAGCUAUACGAAAACUCAGGUAGCAGCUUAUUCUGGUCAAUCAAGCCAAUCUGAUUCCAAUUUAGGUUCUACUGCUAGGACUGCUCCAACCAUUGAGAUACCUAGGAAUUCCCAAGAUACUUGGAGUCAAGGUGGUAGUCUUCCAUCCCCUACUCCAAAUCAAAUCACUACUCCAACAGCAAAAAGGCGAAAUUUUGAGAGCAGAUGGUCUCCAACCAAGCAUUCUCCGCAGUCACCUAAUCAGUUGAUGAAUUAUACGGUAGCACAAUCUGGACAGAGUCAAGCUUCUAGGAUAGAUAUCCCUGUGGUUGUAAAUUCUGCUGUUUCUCUACAACCUCAAACGUACCCUAUUCCAGCAUCAGACUCGAUGAACGCUUCUGUUAUUCACCCUGCGACUCUUCCAUCUCCAACACCAGCAGGUGGAAAGCAAAGCUGGGGGAGCAUGCAGACAGAUCAUAGAGGAAGUGAUGCUCUCUCUUCUCAGAAUAGCUCUACGUCUUAUGGCACCACAAAUCCUAGUGUUCUCCCGUCACAGAGUCAACCAGGCUUUCCUCCAUCUGAUUCUUGGAAGGUUGCAGCUCCAAGCCAGCCGAAUCCACAAGCUCAAACUCACUGGGGUAUGAACAUGGUGAACAACCAAAACUCAGGACAACUUCAGGCUCCAGCAAACCAGAACAGCAGCUGGGGUCAAGGGACCGUAAAUCCAAACAUGGGAUGGGUUGGUCCUGCUCAAGCUGGAGGGAAUGUAAACUGGGCUGGAUCUUCUGUUCCCUCGACUGGUCAGGGAAUCCCUAAUUCUGGCUGGGGCGGGCCUGUCCAAGGACAACCACAAGCUUAUCCAAACCCAGGGUGGGGUGUUACAGCUGUCCCUCAAGCUCAAGCUCAAGCACAAGCUCAAGUUCAAGCACCAGUGAGUACCACGGGCGCGGGAUGGAUUCAACCAGGUCAAGGGAUGCAGUCUGGGAACAACAAUCAAAAUUGGGGAACACAACAUCAGAUGGCGAUCCCAAGCGGUGGGUCAGGAGGGAACCAAGCCGGUUACUGGGGAAACCAACAGAACCAGAAUGGAGAUUCUGGGUAUGGUUGGAACAGGCAGUCAAGUGGAAGUGGUGGGCAGAACAACAACUUCAAGGGGCAAAGAGUGUGCAAGUUCUUCCGUGAAAAUGGACAUUGUAGGAAAGGAGCAUCCUGCAAUUACCUCCACAACUAAAAGAAAAAAGCUUCUCUCUCUGCUUUUGGAUGAUGUCUACAUCCUAAAAAAAAAAGCAGCUUUUAGGCGUUUUUAGCCAUAUAGUUUUUUUUUUAUGCACUUCAGUCUUUUGUUGGGAGCCUUUCACUCAGAAGUAGCUAACAUGUUUUUCUUUAUUUUUGGGGGUUUAGGGCUUAGUAGUAUUUAAAUAUUUGUGAUAGUGAAUGAUGAUGAUAGUUUAUAUCCUCUUGCAUAUAAUAUUUGCUAGGCCAAACAAUAUGAUGUCUAUACUCGAAGUCUCUUUCUUUCAAGCAGAGCUUCUGUCCGAGACAA